CAAAAUCCCUCUGUAUAUCACUUCUCUCUCUCUCAUUCUUCCUAUUUCUCCCCCCUUCGUUGCAUUGCAAGCUGUAAUUGAAUGGGAGCAUCUUUUGGACUCAUCUCUGUCUAGUCAUAAUACUACCUUCCUCUCCCUCAUUCUCUCUCUCUCUCUCUCUCUCUCUCUCUAUCUCAUCUUUCUCUUCUCUCUUUCUAUCUAUUUCUUCUGUAUUAUAAGCUUCUCUCUCUGACCUCCAUUGUCACUGUGAUCUAGCGAGGAGAGGAGAGACGGACGCCUUGCUCUGUUCCUGCUUCCACGCGUCUCGCUGCUGUUGUUGAUUCAUUUCAUUGCCCUCCUCCUCCUCCUCGUUCUUCUUCUAGUUCUACCUUCAGAAACAGACAGGGGAAAUCCUCUCGCUCCGACAAUGGGGUCAGGCAGAUUGUAGCCCCAGAGAGGAGAAUCCACUCACGACCCGGGUCUUGAUUCCGAAUCUUGCGAGGUGGGCUCGUCCUGUUUUGGCCGACUAGUGAGGAGAUCGAAGGGGAGGAAUCGGGAAUGGCGCCGUCGUUUGAUUGGUGGGCGAGUGAGGGACACAAGGGGACGCCGGUGGUGGUGAAGAUGGAGAACCCCAACUGGGCCAUGGUCGAGCUCGAGGGCCCCUCCGAGGACGACUUCAUCAUCUCCCCCCGCCGCAGCGACAAGGCCCGCAACAAGAACGCCCGCCAGCUCACCUGGAUCCUCCUCCUCAAGGCCCACCGUGCCGCCGGCUGCCUCACCUCCCUCGCCGCCGCCGCCCUCGGCCUCGCCUCCGCCAUCCGCCGCCGCGUCGCCUCCGGCCGCACAGACCACGACGACGACCAGGAGCCCGCCGAGGGUGCCGAGCCCUCCACCUCAGCGGAGGACGCCCGUGAGGUCGAGAACCCGGCCCUCAAGUCGAGGUUCUACUCCUGCAUAAAGGUCUUCCUCUGGGUCUCCCUCAUCCUGCUAGGGUUCGAGGUCGCCGCCUACUUAAAGGGCUGGCAUUUCGGCUCCGUCCCGCAAUGGCAGUACCUGCUGGCCGCUCCUCUCGGGGUGAAGGACGCCUUCAACUCGCUGUAUUCGCGGUGGGUCCUGAUUCGGGUGGAGUACCUCGCUCCGCCGUUGCAGUUCCUUGCCAGUGCCUGCAUUGUGCUCUUCCUAAUCCAGAGCAUGGACCGGCUUGUCCUGUGCCUGGGCUGCUUCUGGAUCCGGUUCAAGAAGAUCAAGCCUGUCGCCAAACCGGUCGGGGCCGACCCCGAGUCCGGCCAGUCCGGGUACUUCCCCAUGGUCCUGGUCCAAAUUCCCAUGUGCAAUGAGAAGGAGGUGUAUCAGCAAUCAAUUGCUGCCGUGUGCAACUUGGAUUGGCCGAAGCCGAGUUUGUUGAUUCAAGUCCUGGAUGACUCGGAUGAUCCCAUGACGCAGCUGCUGAUUAAGGAGGAAGUGCAGAAGUGGCAGCAAGAAGGGGCCAACAUAGUGUACAGGCACCGUGUAAUUAGGGAUGGUUACAAGGCAGGCAAUCUGAAGUCUGCAAUGAACUGCAGUUACGUCAAGGAUUAUGAGUUCGUCGCCAUUUUCGAUGCCGACUUUCAACCCACCCCGGACUUCCUAAAACGGACCAUCCCUUACUUCAAGGACAACGAGGAAGUUGGGCUUGUACAAGCGAGGUGGUCAUUUGUGAACAAAGAUGAGAAUUUGCUGACUAGGUUGCAGAACAUUAACCUCGCCUUCCACUUUGAGGUGGAGCAGCAAGUGAAUGGCAUUUUCAUUAAUUUCUUUGGGUUCAAUGGGACGGCGGGUGUUUGGAGGAUUAAGGCAUUGGAGGAAUCAGGCGGUUGGUUGGAGAGGACAACUGUCGAGGACAUGGACAUAGCUGUCCGAGCCCAUCUCCAUGGCUGGAAGUUCGUAUUUCUCAAUGAUGUCGAGUGCCAAUGUGAGUUGCCAGAAUCUUAUGAAGCCUACAGGAAACAACAGCACCGAUGGCAUUCUGGCCCUAUGCAAUUGUUCCGGCUAUGUUUGCCUGAUAUCAUUCGAUCCAAGAUCAGUGUCUGGAAGAAAUUCAACCUCAUCUUCCUGUUCUUCUUGCUUCGGAAACUGAUCCUGCCCUUUUACUCCUUCACUCUCUUCUGCAUAAUCUUACCAAUGACAAUGUUUGUCCCCGAGGCUGAGCUCCCAGCGUGGGUCGUUUGCUACAUCCCUGCCACCAUGUCCUUCCUUAACAUCCUUCCUGCGCCGAAAUCAUUCCCCUUCAUCGUCCCCUAUCUUCUUUUCGAGAACACCAUGUCAGUCACCAAGUUCAAUGCAAUGAUCUCGGGCCUGUUCCAACUUGGGAGUGCAUAUGAGUGGGUCGUGACCAAGAAAUCAGGGAGGUCCUCUGAGGGUGAUCUUGUGGGCCUCGUCGAGAAAGAGUCCAACAAGCACCAGAGAGGGGUCUCAGUACCCGACCUUGAGGAGAUGAAAGAGGAGAUUAGGCAACAAGAACAGAGGGCUUCUCGGAAGAAGAAGCACAACAGGAUCUACUUGAAGGAACUCUCGUUAGCUUUCCUUCUUCUCACGGCCUCGGCAAGGAGUCUCUUGUCCGCUCAGGGGAUACACUUCUACUUCUUGCUGUUCCAGGGGAUAUCAUUCCUUCUUGUCGGGCUAGACUUGAUCGGUGAGCAGGUUGAGUGAGAUCAGUUAGGGAAUUGUUGAAAUUGUAGGAUGAAUUGUGAACAGACGUGAAUAUGAGUGAAUAUUAUUACCGGGCACAAGGCUCGUUGUGGGGGGAAAGAAGGUUGUAGAGACGAACAUGAGCGAUGAGUCAGAGGGUCGAUACUUUUCCUCAUCGAAUCCCUCAGAAAUUCCCGUUCUUUACGAGCCCACCCUGAAGUAUACAAGAAAGAGGAGUAUGUCUCGGUUAGACAGAAGAUUUGGACAGUUGUCAUAGAGACAAGAAGCAGGGGGCAGGUACAUUUAGAGAUUGGUCUGGCUUUUUUUUCUUAGUUUGUAAGAUUUUCUUCAUUCUGUUCAUCUUCUCCCUUUCCUUAGCUUUCUUUUGAUUCUUUUGUUUUUAAGUCGAUUCUUUUGUAAGAAGAACUACUCUACCAAGUAAUAUCUAUAUAAAGGAGAUUUCACUUGCCAGUUCGGUUCA